AUGCACUUCCAACUCUCCCACAUCCUCUCCCUCACUCCCCUCCUCUCGCCCAUCCUUGCGGCUCCCGUCUCUGAUGCCCUCGACAAGCGCCAAACCAUCACCAAACCCCCUCCAGCCUGUAUCCCCAAAUAUGUCGUUCCGCCCGAUGAGAAGGUAUGUAUGGCCGGGUUCGCAAGAGGAUGUAUACUGAUGACAAUAUCAUAGGCCGCUAUCUGCCGCAGCUUGAACUUGCAACUAUGGGAGGAUCGCAUGAAGGCUUUGUGGUACUGCUGUUAA